AUGGCGGAGAAGGCUUUAUUGAUGAAAAGGAUAGAAGGUAGAAAAAAAGAACGUGAGAGUAACAAAAAGAAAAGAUCACCUUUGAAGUGGGAGACAUGGGAAGAACAAAUGGAUAAGUGGCUUACAAAAAAUUAUUCAAGAGAUGUAGACUUAGGUAAUACUCAGAACGUGUUGGUUCCAGCUGAAACAGCCGAGCCACCAUCCGAUUUUAUAUUGCCACUGCUAAGGUACCAAAAGGAGUGGUUGGCUUGGUCAUUAAAGCAAGAAGAAUCUGUAGCAAGAGGAGGUAUUCUUGCUGAUGAAAUGGGAAUGGGGAAGACUGUUCAAGCCAUAGCACUUGUGCUUGCUCAACGCGAAUUACAGAAAUCAAAUAGUAAUUCCACAGUCAAAGGAACUCUAGUUGUAUGUCCUGUGAUUGCAGGAAUCCAAUGGUUUAGCGAGAUUGAACGUUGCACCACUAAAGGAAGCAACAGAAUUCUUGUUUAUCAUGGCACCGACAGGGAGAAACAUAUGCACAAAUUGGCGGAAUAUGAUUUUGUUAUUACUACCUACUCCACCAUUGAGGUUGACUAUAGGAAGUAUAUGACACCAUCAAAGGAGCUGAGUAAGAACUUAGAACCUCGGGUAGAAGUGUUGGACCAGAAAACAGGUUCUACAGAAAAUUUGAGCAACAGUGGUUCUAUUGAUAAUUCAGCUGUGUCCAGGAGGAAGUCAGCUUUGCAUUCAGUGAAGUGGGACCGCAUCAUUUUGGAUGAGGCACAUUAUGUGAAAAAUUCACGCUGCAAAACCUCAAGAGCUGUUUUUGCGUUAGAAUCUUCUUAUAAGUGGGCCUUAACUGGUACACCCCUGCAAAAUCGUAUAGGAGAAUUGUACUCAUUUGUUCGUUUCCUACAAGCUCCUUACGCUUAUUACUUUUGCAAAGAUUGUGAUUGCACAGAACUUGAUUAUAGCUUCGCUGAGUGCCCACAGUGCCACCACAACUGCGCACGCCACUUUCUCUGGUGGAAUAGAUAUAUUAAAAAACCUUUACAAGAAAAUCCAAACAAAGGGGCUGGUAAAGAUGCGAUGCUUUUAUUGAAGCACAAUAUUCUGAAAAAGCUAUUGCUAAGACGUACCAAAAAGGAAAGAGCUGCUGAGUUAGCACUUCCCAUGAAGACUGUUACUCUGAGAAAAGAUUCUUUGAAUGACGAAGAACGCGACUUCUACAUGUCAUUUCACAAUGAAAGCAAGACACAGUUCGAUACAUAUGUUAGGGUGGGAACUCUAACGAAUAACUAUGCUCACGUUUUUGCUAUAAUCACACGCCUACGGCAGGCAGUUGAUCACCCUUACCUUGUGGUAUGCUCUAGCACAGAUUUGACUAGUGUGAAUAAAGAUGCUGGAGAUGUUGAAAAAUCGUGUAGCUUAUGUAAAGAUACGGUGGAAGAUCCAAUAGUUACUUCUUGCACACACGUGUUUUGCAAGACGUGUUUGAUAAACUUUGCUGAAAGUAGGGGAAAACCGGCAUGCCCUUCAUGUGAUAAACCCCUUACAUUUGACUCCAAUGCAAAUAAUGAUAAGGGGGAUUCUAGUUCUAAGCCUACUGUCAAAGGGUUUAGGUCCUCAAGUAUAUCGAACAAAAUUCAGCGCGAUGGAUUCCAGACAAGCACUAAAAUAGAAGCUUUGAGGGAAGAAAUUAGGUUCAUGGUUGAAAGAGACGGUUCUGCAAAAGGAAUAGUUUUCAGCCAGUUCACAUCGUUUUUGGAUCUAAUACAGUACUCUCUUCAGAAAUCGGGCGUCAAUUGUGUUCAAUUAGUUGGAUCCAUGUCUAUGGCUGAAAGAAAUGCUGCAGUUACCACAUUUACUGAAGAUCCAAAAUGCAGGAUACUUCUUAUGAGCUUGAAAGCUGGAGGUGUUGCCCUCAAUCUUACAGUUGCAUCACAUGUUUUCUUGAUGGAUCCUUGGUGGAAUCCUGCGGUGGAGUGGCAAGCACAAGAUAGAAUCCAUCGAAUAGGGCAACAUAAACCAGUCAGGAUUGUGAGAUUCGUAAUUGAGGAUACAAUUGAAGAAAGGAUCUUAGAGUUACAAGAGAAGAGGAAACUAUUUUUUGAAGGGACUGUCGGUGGUUCUUCAGAUGCCUUGGGAAAGCUAACAAAGUCAGACUUGGAUUUCCUGUUUUAUCGUCACUUUUAAAUGUUUUCUGUUUCUUCAGUUUGGCAAACAAAUUCUCAUAUGCUUUGUAUAGCCUCUAGCAAAAACUUUGUACCUAGUGUUCUG